AACAAGGCUUGGCUUCCCGGAGCCGGCCCUCUCGGUCCGCCCGGCAGGUAAGGGCUCUGCCUCGCCCACAGCCGCCUCGCUGCCGGGGAGGAUCGGAGAUACCCGCUGCUUCGAGCCCUUGGGGGGCAAGGCGCUGGGAGACUGGUUGCAGACUGCGCCGCGUCUGUCUUCUGGGGGAAAGCCGCAGCUGAGGAGCCUCCGCAGGGACCUGUGGUCUUCAAACAGUAACUGACAGGGGAAGGCACUUGUGAGAACCAUGAUGUCCUUGGGUGUCAACAAAGGACGUGUGAUUACACCUACGGAUGAAGACCGUAGAAGGAUCAUUAAGCAGAUGAAGGUUCGCACCACCCUGAAGGGAGACAAGAGCUGGAUCCACCACCAGAACUCAGACUCUGAGGACGAAAAGAAGAGCAGCCCGCUGUCUGCACGGGCUGGUGGGGGAUCCCCAGCUUCAGCACCUAUUGCUCCCCAGAGUGACAGGCCUCCCGUCUCCAAGCCUCAAUCCGGUUACCUCAUCAGGGGAGUGUUCACAAGAACCAUCGAUAAGACUCCUUCUGUGCCUAAUUCUUCAUCUUCCAAGGAAGCCCAGAAAAGCACUGCCAUGAAGGGAGCCAGCUCAUGCCGUUCUUCUUCUGGCUACAGGAUGACAACUGAGGAUUACAAGAAGCUAGCUCCCUAUAAUGUUAAACAAAAAUCAGUGGACUUGGAUGAGGAGGAUGUGCCUUUUAGUCCAGAUGAACAUAAAAAGAGGACAGAGGCAGCCAACAGUGUCCUGAGACGCACUGCCAGCAGGGAACGUGCUUACGUGCUCUCAGCGGCCAAGAAAAGCAACGGCAGCCCGACACAAGAAUUCCCACCCUUGUUUGCCAAGAGAAUUGAGAUAGAAGAAGAAGGACAGCAGAGGAGGAGUUCAGCUGUGUCUGGUUCAUGCAAGUUUUCGCCAGAUGACAACAGUACCAAUGGGCUAAGGAAAACCACAGCUGGGUCUUCCUGGAAUGAGCCAAAGACAACAGCAGCAUCUCCCACCAGCACUGAAACAGGCAGCAAGAGCCAAACAACCACAUCCUGGAGUGAAACUUCCGAGAAAAUGUCCACCUAUACUGAAAUCAGAAAUGGUGAAAGCAGACAGUCUUCUAAUGGGAAAUCCUCAUUGGAAACUGUGUCACAGCAUGGGGACGGUGACAAACCUCUUAAGGAAAAGUCUGAGCCAUUGGCAUGGGAUGAGUCCAGAGCAGCCGUGGUUUCCACAAAUGGAAGUUACUCUGAACACACAGAAGCAAACAAUGGAUUUUACCCACCAAAGUCCGACCCUGGUUGCAGGGACAGACCUGCAGGUGCUACAGACAGCCUGCAGCGUCAUUACGAGACCUCUCCCUGCCUGGAUGAUGCGAAGCCUGAACCUGCAGGGUCAGGGCCUGGUGCUGGUGCUCACGGUGCUGCUGCUAGCAGAGGGUCUAGCUUGCAGUCUAAUGUCCCCUCUCCUCCCACUGAGAGAGCCCCUGCACACCUUGAGGACACUGAAUAUUCAUUUAAAAGAUCGGUCCUGAGCUUUGAGGAGGGAAGCAGCAUGCAAGAGGGCAAAUACACGAGUCCCACGGUCCCAGCAUACAGCAAGCCUGACGGGAAUGAAGUGACGUCCUCCCAAGAUUUCAAAGAGGGGAACAUCCCUAGAGACAGGGAGCAUGAGAGCACACGGACCUCAAAUGAUCAUAAAUCAGAGUUGCUCCAAGAAAGGUUUUCUGACUCAAACCACCAUGCUGAGAAGGGACAAGAACCUCCUGAUGUCCACUCAGAGCCUCCCAGGUCGAAUGAACAUGCUGACCAUGACCUGAGUAUAGCAGUGCCCGGCUCCCUACCGAGAGAAAGCAUCCUCACUGCUCCAGAGACCCCAUGUGCAAAUGAAUCUGACCCAUGCUGGGAAAGGACCACUCCAGGUUAUGAGGAGCAACCCCCUCUCACCACGGAUAGUCACCAUGAGAGCCCCGGAGCCUGGAGACACAAUGAGCUUAACCCGAUGGCAGCCAGCAGGUCUAACUUCAGCUCGAAAGAGAAAGCUCUCAGUGCGUAUGAGACCCAGCAUCCCAUGCCACUGUACAUGGACCGCCAGCCUUUUAACACCAGUGUGCCAGCACCUAGCCACAGGAUACCAUCCUACGCAGACAGCCAAGUAUUCAGCACCAGAAGGCCUAUCCCAGAUUAUGAAGGGAGAGUUUAUGAUGGGAGAAGCAGCCCUAGGAGCAGCAGAUAUGACAGUGCUAUUGCCAGGGGGCACUGUGAAUUUAACCCCACAGCUCCAAGCUACCACUCCCUUCCCAGAGACACCACCAUGUCCAUUUCCCCGAGAAGCCACAGGGUGCCGUUCUACAUGGACAGCUCAAACUAUAACAGCACCAGGCUUCUCUCAAGUUCGAGCGAGAGGAUGUGCGCUCCGAUGGCCACCUUACCGUACAACAGCCCCGUGGCCUCCGGGUACCAGCCUGAUGCCAGCUCUGCCGGAAAAGGGGUCCUCUUUGUGAAGGAGUACGUGAACAGCAGCGAGCUGUCGGCCUCCCCGCGCUAUGGCAGUGGCAGCCUUGUAGAUUUGACUGAUUCAGAGAGAGCAACCUACAGCCACCACAGCUACCUGUCCAGCGCUCCUCUGCAGAGGUCCAGUGAACCUGUUUGUACUUACUGCAGCCGUGAGAUCCGAGACUGCCCUAAGAUCAUAAUAGAGCAUCUUAACAUCUACUGCCAUGAAUACUGUUUCAGGUGUGGAAUUUGCCACAAAGCAAUGGGAGAUUUUCUGGAUAAAAUAUUCAUCCACCGGGACACUGUCCACUGUGACAAGUGCUACGAGAAACUCUUCUAGGGUUUUGCAAAGCUGGAGAAGGCAGCCAGUGAAAAGUCCUCAGCAGCACAUAUCUGAAUACAUCUAUCAGCUCCUGACUGGCUAAGACAGCAGAAUUCCUGCUCCCCCUUCCUCAAGUUAUUUUCCCUCUCACUGCCUCAUCACAAUGAAUGAGUUUAACAUCCGCUAGCUUAUGCUGUCAGCUGCACGCAAGACAAGUGCCAAUGUUAACAAGAUAAGGCAGUGUCAUCUACAAAAGAUAAGUGGGCUGAUUUUCCAAAGGUGCUGAGCCCCUCCACCUGUCUUUAACUUCAUUAAGAUUCCAGAGCGCUCCUGUGCUGGAAAUCAGGCAGAGCUCCUUAGAUCUAUGUAAGCUAAUUGCAAGAAACCUUUUCUGAUUUUUUUUUUUCUUUCGUUUCUGCAAUCAGGCUGCAGCUUAGUGUGUGUUAGCUGGCACAAAGCAAGCAGAUCCAAGAACUCUUAAAUACUAGAUUUGGAUUCUUGGGAGGGUUUGAAUUUAGCUCCUAGCAAAAGCCUAUUUCUGCUUCUUUCACCCCCAAAUUCUGCCUAGAAAUAGCUUCUGCCUGAUUUCCAUUUGCUUUCCAUGGGCUUUCAGGAGCACUUGCAGACUCACUUUACUCUAAUUAUGUGUCAGCUUUAAUUUCCCUUUCCUGCCUACUCCCUAGUGGAUUCCUUCAGCAGCAUGUGUGUCUGCUGUCUGUUUGGGAAGAUAAACUACCAGGUGAAAGAGUGUUAACUUGGCCUCUGAUGGUAGGUGUCCAAUGGCCAUACAAAAUGUGCCAGAGAAUCGGUGUCUCAAUUGGCUCUCCUGACAAGGAACACUGCUUGACUGGAAUCUGAAUUUUCCUCCACCUCGCAAAGGCUUGCUGUGAUGCCUCUUUUAUUGCUCUAAGUUAUUUACAUCUCAAAUGCUUGCUCACAAAAAUGAACUUCUAGCAGGUGCUGUACAUGCUAAAUGUCAGAAAUGCAUAAUUUCAGCCCUUAAUUCAGAUGUUGAGAGGGUGAGAAAGUUGAACACUGAAAGCUGAAAGUCAGCCUCUGUGCCUUAAAUGUACACCUCUGAAUGUGUCCGUUAAGUUACUGUUUUUUUCUUUGAAAGCAUUAGGAGUAUCUGCAAAGCACACAAAUCAGUUCUUUAGUAGCUCUUACAUGCCAACCGGUGAUGGCAAAAGCUCUAAAGCAGACUAUUGUUAGACAGAUAAUUCUUCAUGCUCUUAGUGAUGGAAGCUGGCAUGCUUAGCAAGUUAGUGUUUUUACAGCACCAGUGCUACAUAGCAGUGGUUUUUUUUUUUUGUUUUGUUUUUUUUAAGCCACUGUACCAUUUAUUUGAGUGAAGUGUAGGCAUGACCUUAAAAGCACUCCACAAGGGGAACUCCAGUUGAAAUCAGUAACAGCUCUGCUACUGGCAAGCUUCAGGGCGAGACUAUAAAGUUGUGUCUGACAGGGACUGGGGCAGCUCCCAUCCUGAGUGCAUGGUACAACAGGGGCCCCAACAACCCUCCCCAACCCCAUUACACAUAGCGGUGGAGGCACAGGCAUGUGAUUUUCAAAAAUGUGGACUCAUUUUGGAUACCGAUGUUUCUCAGUUACCAAGAUGUUACAGAAAUGAUACUUUCUGAACAGAAGAGGAUCACAAAGUGUCUGAUCUCCCCAAACAGCUCACUCCCGAAAACCAUGGCCUAUAAUUACAGGUGCCCUUUGAGAAGAUGAUCUGCAGAAAUAACGUAUUCACCCAUGCUGGAGGUCCUGGUGGCUGUGUGGCCUUCUGGGGAACAGGUUUUGUCCACUGUAUGUUUUACGUCAUCUUUUCAUCACCGUAUUUUCCUUGUAGCAAUUGUUUAACUUCCAGCAUACACCUCUCUAAUAAACAUUCACUGCUCA